GCCAAACCACUAGCCCCACUAGCUUCCGACCCGGUUGAAUUAAGAGGGAUAUGUUGACAGAGAAGAGCUACCGUAGCAUCAGACGACGGCGUCGACGGCAUUGCCUAUGACCGGACGCAGACGUAAUGGAAAAAGUCGACGGAGCGGCCGGAAUUUGCCGGCGUACGAUUUUGGGUAAGGUUCGGAGCGAUUCACGACAAGUCUUGGCAUGUCUGGCGAUGCUCAUGCUGCCCAUUGCCGGAAAGCAGCCUGAAUCCUCUGGCGCGUUGCACUGCGGCGGCCAUCUAACCGCCCGGCGAGGCAUCAUAGCCACGCCCAAUUUCCCGGGUCCGUUCGCUGUACCCAUCAAUUGCCGCUGGAUUCUGGAUGCUUCGGCGUUUGUCGAGCAUGCAAAUGCCUCGAUAAUCGUGUACUUAAGCCAACUAUACGCAGCUCGGGGCCUGCGCUUCACCGAGUAUGCAUAUUUCGAGACCGAGUCGACGAGCUUCGGAGGUGCGCUUCUGCGUGAGAUUGACGAGGGCAACGUCUUCGAGCACCGAUGGUUGCGCACUUUUCGGCCCUAUCUUGUGCUUGACUUUCGACUGGAGCGGCUCGAAGCUAAUCACGUGCGUGUGCUGGACAAAUUACUCGAUGUCUACGGGUUCAAUUUUACGUACGAAAUGACCGACGGCAGAGAGAAUCCGAGCUCGUGCUCGCUACGAGAUUGUUCGUACGCCGGCGAUUGCCUGCUCACUUCGGAUUAUGCGACCUUUUACUGUGAUUGCUUCGAAGGAUUUGGUGGACAACACUGCGGCUAUGGGCCACUUUGCGUAACCGAACGUGGAAAUCCGAAAUGUCAAAAUGGUGGUACUUGCAGACAUGUUGGAGCCGCCGCUGUGCGCUGCUUAUGCAAACCUCAAUUCAAUGGAGAUGUCUGCGAGAUGUCAUCCCUUAUCAGCAUAGAAAACGGCUGCCGAAAAACUAAUUGUGUUUUCCAAUGUUCUUUCCUCGAAGAUGAACAACAUAAGCAACCGCCGUGUGAGUGCAAGAAAUCGUUUCGUAUUCACAGUGAUCGUACAAGGUUUGAAUGUAGAAUAAAAUUAAUGAACGUUACAUAUCCAAGAGGCGUUAAUUUCAUUGGACAAAAGAUCAGUCUCGAAACUCACCUUAGCAAACAACUUGCAAAAUACAUUUGGGAAUCAAAUAUUUCAUCGUUGGAGGAACUGAAAAUCUUGAGUAUGACACCAGCGUUGGAGGUGAAUUUUCACUUCUUUGGUGAUUCGCGUGACGGGGACAAAAUUCGAAGUGCCUUCAAUAAAUUGGUACACCGCCGACGUCUAGGCCAGUUUUUUCUUGAACCGUCACAUUUCACCUUUCAACAGAAGCCAGCACUUCGAUUGCAGAGUUUAAGAAUCAAUCAAGUGAACGAACAUCAAGUUCAGCUGGGUGAUCAAUUUAUUGUUACCUGCGUAGCUGUGGGAAGUUCCGACUUGAAAUUUUUUUGGUACAAAGAUAAUAUGCUUGUAAAUGUGACUAAAGCAACCAGAAAAAUCUGGUAUCGGCAUCUACCAACUGACGGCUCUGAUUAUCACACAUCAAUACUAUCUGUCGAUAAAGCCAUGCUUUUAGAUAAGGGUGUGUAUACCUGUCAGGUAGUCGAUUGGGGUAUGCAACAGUGCAAAAGUAUACAGAUCGAUAUUAAAGAUGACCCUAAUGUCGAGGUGAUACCUAUGGGAAUUACAGUCGAUAAAGGUACGACAAUAAGAUUAGUAUGCACAACGCCAAACAUGCGUAAUGUUGGAAUCGGCUUUGGUUGGACAAAGAAUCGCGCCCUUUUGAAAUUAGAACCCGGUCAAGAAGUCUGGGAGGACUUAUAUCCAGCCGGCAGCAUCCUUACUAUUAUUCACGCUCAAAAGUCUGCUGUAUAUACAUGCAAUGUGGCUCACCAUUCAAGUUCGGUACGAGUUGAAGUUGUCAACCGCACCCUCAUCCCUGUCUGCCCUGACGAUAUCAACUGGAAUCUCAAUUGGCGCGAUACCGCCCCAGGCUUAAAAUCCCUAUUGCAGUGUCCCAUAGGUUUUGUCGGUAGGCAUGCAAGCAGACAGUGCACAAUGAAAGAUGCAGCUAAUUCCGAGUGGGAAAUUCCAGAUUUUUCAGACUGCCUCUAUGAACCUUUCCUUCACCCGUACAAUAAUUUUCAAAGUCUAACACUUGGAUAUGAAAGUACAAAUAGUUCAUCGACAAUUCAAGCAUUUUGGGAUAUACUGCAGUAUCGUACAUCGCCUCUAUAUCCCGGGGAAGGGGACCGAAUAAUUGCUAUACUACAAGAAAUUCAACACUAUCAAUACAACGUUAAUGAAUUGGAGGACAUGACAAAUUCGGCCGAUGCUAUAAUAAAAAUCAGCGAUAGAAUCUUGGGCAACGACUAUUCGAUUCUUAAUCAACAAAAUCUGGCCUUAUUAAGUCAACUAAUUUUACGUAAUCUUGGGUAUUGGAGCCAGAACAAUGCACAAAAUCAAAAACACUUAUCACUGUCUGAAAUAGUUGUUAAUAUUCUUCCAAUGAAAGUAUACGCUGAUUCAACUAUUAUGUAUAGUUUAAAUAUCCCUCAAGAUAAUCAAAACAAAUAUCCUGAUUGGUAUAACGAAAGAGUGACGAUUCGAUUAUAUCAUAAUAAACUACAAAACGUCAAUAAAUCCAUCUCGGGGAUUGUCAUUGUAUAUCGAAAUUUAACACAAUUCUUUCCUGAUACGUAUAUUAUAGAACUAGAUGAUGGAAGCGAUAUGGAGUAUCGCAUCAACUCGCGCAUAAUUAGCGUCAAAACAUCGUAUCGGGACGUCGAGCGUGACGACCGCCUUUCGAUCGAAUUGGAGUUCGCCGGAGCGCGCAACCAUCCUAAGGCUUGGAACGUCUCUUGCGGCGUGCUCGGUGCCAGCGGAAACUGGAAGCUCGGAGGCUGCUCCCUCAUGGAGAAUCCCUUCAAGGCCAGUGUCCUCAAUUGUCUAUGCUCGAGUCCCGGUACCUACGCCGCCUUCAUUACAACGCGCCCCGAAAAGGUUAUUUUAAUAAAAAAUGAUCAAACAAAUUUCGUUGUUAUAUUGGGUUGUAGUAGCUGCCUUUUACAAUGUUUAGUUUCAAUUUUAAUAUUAACUGCAUUUUGGUGGAGAAAUCGAACAUGGUUAAAUUUUUUAAAAAUAGAAUGUUGCGCUGCUAUCAUUGUUGCGAUGGGAACAUUCAUUUAUGCCGUGAACAGUAAAAUUUCUGAGAAUGCUUUAUCCAUCGUGGCGAUGUGCCUCGAAGCUUUUCUUUUAAUUGGUACAUCUUCACCAAUUUCACAGGCACUAAUUAUUUACACCGAACUCUCGAAUAUCCAUCCAAGUCAACAGCUUCAACCAACUGUCGUAGCUGUCAUAACUGGUCUCCCAAUUUUAGCUAUACUCACAACAGAAUUGACACGAAAGACUAUCGGAUGGAAACAUGAAUCUUGGUGGUUGAUUUUCGGUACUGGUGUCUACAAUAUAUUUAUUAUAUGUUCGAUAACACUGUUACUUACGUUCUUACUAUUGUACGUAAGUGUAAUUCAGAAAACUAGGCCUUCCUUGUACAAAUUUAAGAAGAAAAGUAUAAUAAAACUAAGAAUACGAAUGUUACAUCGUUCGGCGAUCGUUAUUUUCGGUAUCGUUGCAAUGGAGAUCUCUUCGGUCCUAUACGUUAACUCUUCAUCAAUCAUCUAUCAUUACCUCUUUGCAUUUCAAUCAGCUCUUUUAGGAUUUAUAAUUCUAGCAAUGUACGUAAUGAGUGGUGAAGUGUUAGUCGUUGCUCCAGUGCUUCAUAAAUUAAAACGUCAGACAGAAUCCGACGAUGAGUGUACUUCUGAACAAACUGAAGUUCAUUCGAAAUACCAAGAACGGGAAAGGGACUUAUCGUCCUCACCCUCGGGCACGGCAAUGACGAUACCAGCGAGUCUACUACUUGGGGCUGAAUCAGUUGCCGUCUAUCCAGAAGCGCGUGGUGUCGCUGUCGGCAUCGAAACCCACGAGUACAUAACCGAGAUACCAGCAGGUAGCUACAUUGAGUCGAUGCACACCCAUUCAACACCAGAAAUCCAAGUGCAUCAUGUAGACAACCUAACAUUUGACGAAUCCAAUCUUAGUUACCAGCCACUACGGAGAUAUGGACCGACUAGUGGCUUCGCUACUUUCGAGACCUGCGCCACAUCGGAGUAUACAAAUCCGCACAAUGAAUUAGUAAGCUUCUCCGGUAUACGUGUAACAGCAACAUCAACUACGACAACAGCGACAAUGACGACUGAGCUUCACCAACUCCAACAUCGCGAACGACAAUUGGAUUUUCCUACAAAAAUCCUCUGCGAUGCUCAGGUAGAAACUUGCCUCGUGAGCGGUAAAACUUUAACUAUGCCUGACGUCACCCUGUCGGUAAACGGCAACGCGGAUAACCAUGGAAUAUCCGUCACUUCGGAGCAGACCUUCAUUCGUAAACAGGUGAAUGGCAAGGAAGUGAUAACGUUGUCGGUAUCAUCAUCACCACCACUUCUAACGACGAUUACAACGUCAAAUAUAAUGACAACCACGACAACCACUACGACAACGCCUUCAAUGACAAUGCCUGAUAUCGCCAACACUAUGGAAAGGAAACAACCCGAAUGCGAGGAUGUGAUGCUUAAGACAUUCAAUAAACAGUGUGGGAUCAUCGUCAAUGAAGACGAUCAAAGUCUAACAACCAACGGAAUGCUCGAUCGAAUAUCCCACGAUCUGGACUAUUUGCUCAAUCGUACGAAAGACGACACAAAAACUGUUGAUACAACAAAACAAAAAUUACUUUUUCCAGAAACGUUAAAAAGAUAA